CGCUGCUGAAAUACACGUGGUUGCGAGCGUCCACGAUAUUGCACGAGGCACAGUUGGAAAUCUAUCCUUCAGUUUCCUAACCAGAGCACAUACUAUGCACAUAUGAAAUUUUUAUAGAUAUAAAAGCACACUUUUCCUUCUUUUUUUUUAGUUCUAUUCUUGUUAGAUACGAUAUGCGAAUAAUUUUCUCGAUCGCGCAUCCGGUUGUUGAUUGUAUGAAACCGCGAUUCACAUCUGAUGAGGUAUCACAGAAAUAGAAAAGCAACACGAACACAGAGCCACGUGGUAUUUGUGACGAUCGAUUGUUAUCCGAGAAACGGAUUGAUUUGAGAUUAAUGAAACGGCAAUGUUAUUCCACUUCCAUCUUUUUAUCUCGUGUUUAUGUCACGAAAGUGACAAGCGUGCACGUGUAGGACAGCUGUUUAGAGAAAUAUAGCGUACGUUCGGACGGAGGUUAGAAAUCUAUAUUAGGAAUACGUUUACGAUAUAUGUAGAUAUUUUCUCCGGUAUUUAAAAAUACGCACGAUCCACGUCUCCUUAUUUGCAAUGCACCUGCCCCUUGCAACGAUGGAAAUGUACGAACAGUUAUGUAAACACAGUUGAUACAUUAUGCAUCAAACGGUCGCUAAGUUGAAACUCUUGUUGGUCGGUUGAUUGCUAGUACCUAGAUAGUCGAGAGACAUACCUACCCUUAUUACGUAAUCAGCUUUUAAAGAGCCAAAUCAAUCGACACGAGCAUUUGCGAUGCACAUUAGUAAAUGUUUCUGCGUAGUGGAGUGUAGGAAUGCAAGUCGGUGAAAGAGUAGGAUAAAUUCUGUGUGUUUUUUUUCCUCAUGAUGUUUGGCCAGACAGGAAUUUAUCUCAUUAUGAGGCACGUUAUCCAAGCACGAAUGCCCGAAUUAUCAGAAGGCAACCAAGAUGACGCUUAUAUGGGCGGGAGUGAUGUGGAAGGAGAGGGAAAGCAAGUCCUGGUUGGGAUAUGCGCAAUGGCGAAGAAGUCGCAAAGUAAACCGAUGAAAGAGAUUUUGACAAGGCUCGAGGAAUUCGAGUAUAUAAAAAUUAUCGUCUUUCCAGAAGAAGUGAUAUUAAAGGAACCUGUAGAAAAUUGGCCUGUGGUCGACUGCUUGAUAAGUUUCCAUAGUAAAGGAUUUCCCCUUGAUAAAGCUAUAAAUUAUGCGAGUUUACGUAAACCGUUUAUUAUUAAUCACCUCCCAAUGCAGUACGACAUUCAGGACCGAAGAAGAGUUUAUGCUAUACUAGAGAGCGAAGGUAUCGAAAUUCCACGGUAUGCCGUUCUCGACAGAGAUUCACCAGAUCCGAAACAGAAUAUAGACUGCAUUUUAGAACACGAAUUGGUGGAGUCGGAGGAUCACGUGGAAGUAAACGGCAUUACUUUCAACAAACCAUUCGUGGAAAAACCAGUAUCUGCCGAAGAUCAUAAUAUCUAUAUUUACUAUCCUACUUCGGCUGGAGGAGGAAGUCAGAGAUUAUUUAGAAAGAUAGGUAGUCGUAGUAGCGUAUAUUCUCCAGAAUCUCGCGUUCGCAAGAGUGGUUCUUAUAUCUAUGAAGAUUUUAUGCCUACCGAUGGCACUGACGUUAAAGUCUAUACCGUGGGACCUGAUUACGCUCACGCCGAGGCGAGGAAGAGUCCCGCCCUCGACGGCAAAGUCGAGAGAGAUUCGGAGGGCAAGGAAAUUCGUUAUCCAGUGAUAUUGAACAAUGCCGAAAAACUCAUUAGUAGAAAAGUGUGUUUGGCCUUUAAGCAAACGGUGUGCGGCUUCGAUUUAUUAAGAGCAAACGGCCAAUCGUUCGUGUGCGACGUGAAUGGAUUUAGUUUUGUAAAGAACUCGAACAAGUAUUAUGAUGAUUGUGCCAAGAUUUUGGGGAAUAUGAUACUCAGGGAACUGGCUCCCACCUUGCAUAUUCCGUGGAGCGUUCCCUUUCAACUGGACGAUCCUCCUAUUGUGCCAACUACAUUCGGCAAAAUGAUGGAGUUGCGCUGUGUCGUAGCAGUUAUUAGACAUGGCGAUAGAACCCCAAAACAGAAGAUGAAAGUAGAAGUACGUCAUCCGAAAUUUUUUGAGAUAUUUGCAAAGUACGAUGGCUAUAAGCACGGUCACGUAAAACUAAAGCGCCCUAAACAGUUGCAAGAGAUUCUCGAUACAGCACGUAGUCUACUAACAGAGAUACAGCAUCGUGCGGCGGGACCCGAGUUGGAAGAAAAACAAGGGAAACUGGAACAACUCAAGAGUGUCUUAGAAAUGUAUGGGCAUUUCUCUGGCAUAAAUCGUAAAGUCCAAUUGAAGUAUCAACCGCGAGGACGGCCGCGGGGAAGUUCUUCCGACGACGGUAGCGAUCUUAAUCGAUUAGGAGAACCGUCUCUAGUCUUGAUAUUGAAAUGGGGCGGAGAACUGACGCCGGCUGGACGUAUUCAGGCGGAAGAAUUAGGACGCAUAUUCCGCUGCAUGUACCCCGGUGGUCAAGGUAGACACCUUAGUGAGGAAGAAUCAGAGAUGUUACCAAACCACGGUGAAUACGCAGGUGCGCAAGGAUUGGGUUUGUUACGCCUGCACUCCACGUUCCGGCACGACUUGAAAAUCUACGCUAGCGACGAGGGACGUGUUCAAAUGACCGCGGCGGCUUUUGCGAAAGGGCUGCUCGCGUUGGAGGGAGAGCUGACACCUAUCUUGGUGCAGAUGGUGAAGAGCGCGAAUACCAAUGGCCUUCUGGACAACGACUGCGAUAGUAGCAAAUAUCAGAAUAUGGUGAAAACGCGCUUGCACGAACUGCUGCAGCAGGACAGAGAAUUUACUCGCGAGGAUCGAGAACAGAUCAAUCCGGGAAAUGCGCUGAGCAUCAACGCCGCUUUAGAUUUCGUCAAGAAUCCGGUUCGAUGCUGCCAGCACGUUCACUCUCUCAUCCAAAAGCUUCUGGACAUCGUGCGUAUCAAGAAGGAAGAUGCGAAGACGAAGGACACGAUACUCUAUCAUGGCGAAACGUGGGAACUGAUGGGACGUCGCUGGGGAAAGAUAGAAAAAGACUUCUGCACGAAGAACAAACGUUUUGACAUAUCUAAAAUACCUGACAUUUAUGAUUGCAUAAAGUACGACCUGCAGCACAACAAUCAUACGUUGCAAUUCGAACACGCGGAAGAAUUGUACACGUACGCUAAAUCUUUAGCGGAUAUAGUAAUUCCUCAGGAAUAUGGCUUGACGGUACAAGAGAAGCUGACUAUCGGUCAGGGUAUAUGCACGCCUUUGCUGAAAAAAAUACGGGCUGAUCUGCAACGAAAUAUCGAAGAAUCUGAGGAAACUGUCAAUAGGCUUAACCCUAGAUAUUCCCAUGGUGUUUCGAGCCCGGGGCGCCAUGUACGUACGAGGCUGUACUUCACAAGCGAGAGUCAUGUACAUUCCUUGCUAACCGUGCUGCGUUACGGUGGUUUACUCGAUGUGGUGAAAGACGAGCAAUGGCGACGCGCGAUGGAAUAUGUCAGUAUGGUCUCCGAGUUAAACUACAUGUCGCAAAUUGUUGUUAUGUUGUACGAAGAUCCAACCAAGGAUCCAAGCAGCGAGGAGCGUUUUCAUGUUGAGUUACACUUUAGUCCUGGCGUUAACUGCUGCGUGCAGAAGAAUCUGCCGCCCGGUCCUGGAUUCAGGCCACACUCGCGCAAUGAGAGCAGCCACAAUGUGGGGGAGUGCGGUUCCGGUCAGGAUACUAGUUCACAAUGUAGCACCCGGAUAGAGGAGGAAGAUGCGGAAUUGGGUAUCAUCGAGGACGAUGUAAUAAGUCCUACGGCGCAGGCUGCAAAAAUUUGCUUUCAGGAUACGCCUCCGCCAUUAAUGGAAACGGAUACUGUGGACUCUAUGCUAGACAGUCCGACGACCAGUCGUGGGAUCGACAUGAUGGAUCUAGAUCCGAAUAUGAUGGACGAACCGUACGAUAGUGGAUUCUUACAAGGCUCGGCACCGAUUCCAAUUAGCGCCAGAACUGUGGCCGGACAUGAGGCUGCUAGGCUUGGCAGCCAAUUGGCGGCGAGUCAACGACAACGGCGAAGCAGAGAGGCAGGGAGCAUCGUCGAACCGCGCGCGCGAAGCUACGAUCAUCAGCGGCAGGAGAAGCCCGAGAAAGCUGCGGACAAGCUGCAGUAUCAGAGCUUGGACGCGGUCAACAAAGAAGCCGCGGGACCAACUCCGGAGGAGCCUCGCGGCGAGGAACGCACGUGGAAACCGGUGACACUGCUGCAGUCGCACAGCUCGCCGGAGCUGCCGGUUUCGCCGGACGAGAGCUUCGCUUCCUCGUGCUCGCUUCGCAAUGCGCGCAACGAUAGACAGCUAUCCGCCAAUCCUUGCUCGUUGCCCGACCCGUCGUUCGCGACCGUCAGCGGCCUGCCGGAGCGGACUAUCACCAGGCACCGUGGCCGCGGCAGAAAGUACGAACGCUCGCGCUCCGAAGUGACCUUGCUUCCAUCCGUCGAACUCUACGACUCGCGAUCGCGGAUCAUUCAACCUGAUCCUACCUGCACAGCAAGGCGCCACCGUCACAGUAUCUCCGGACAGAUGAGUUAUUUCAAGCUGUUGGGCUACAACGUCAGCAAGAAGCUAACUGGCUCGGCUAACAGUCUCUUCAGCACGGCGGUGAUAAGCGGCUCUUCGAGCGCACCGAACCUAAAGGACAUGGUCCCACCUCACGCGUCUGCGGUCGCUGCGAUAGAAGGUUUCGGCGGAGUACCUCCCAUCAGACCCUUGGAAACUCUGCACAAUGCGUUAUCGCUACGUCAACUGGAUUCCUUCCUGGAUAUGAUGACCAGGGCGCCGUUGUACAGGACUCCGGCCUCGUCGCCGCCUAAGUCGUCGCCGGCCGGAUCGACGCACGAGUCGCUCAAUCCACCCCUUGUCCACGCCGGGAUCAGUCGCGAGUACCACUCUUCUGACACAGAAGCUGUCAGGUACAUUAUCCCAACACCGAUACUGUAUAAGCCCCUUGGCGAAGCAGAAACGUGUGACACCAGGAAUCUACCGUCACCUACCAGUCCGAACAGCACAGGAUGGAGUAGCGAGCCACAGUCUUUUCUGUCCGAGCCAUCGUCACCUGCGCCAACAUCGACAGGCGAAUGCAGCAUGUCUAUAAGCUUAAUUAGCAACGAGAGUGCUCAACUUUUUAUCGCGCCGAAAUUCUCCCCGACUUGCCUGGACGUCGACUUUAACGAAUUUUGUAUUCGUCUUGAUCAAGAGAAUCGAGAAAGUCGCGGCAGCGUCUCAUAUACGGAUUAUUACAGCAACGAGGACGGUCAGAUACGCAAAAUAACGCAAAUACCGCAAGUGAUACAGUCAGGUGCUAGCGGUGUGCAAACAAAGCUCGUGUGUGGCGAUGAUCUUCCCUGUGACAACAUCGACGAGGACGAGGACCACACGUUGACUUUAAAACAGAGCGAGGAGCAAAAGAAACAGGAUGUUAAAUCAAUAUUCGAGCCGAGGGACGACGUUAAUUCAGCGAAACUAAGCGGCAGCUACAAGAAGAUCGGGCGUUUCCUCGUGGAAAGCACGGAUAUAUCGCACGGCGACGUCCGAAUUAAGGACACCGACAACGCCGGUACUUCCGACAAAACUCCGACGAAACUCUCUACCUCUCAGAAAUCCGACUCCUCGAGCGCGGGUAAAUCCAUCGCGGAAAGGGUAAAGAAGGAUUCUAAAAAGGGCGGCGGCUUGCACAUCGGUUCUCAAAAGCGAAAGAACUUUUCUCGUUCGCAGAGCGUCACGACGCCGAAACUGGUCGCGCCGAAAACCGAACAACAGACUUUCAGUUAUUCGAGACAGAGCUCGUUCUCGACCAUGUCGGAUGCGGAUCUGGAAAGUUGGAAACUGAGCGCGGAUCCGACGCAUUCCUCGGGAACGAGCCAGCAGGAAGAGCCUAUACUCACUGUAGCCGGCAGUCUCACGGAUAGCUGUAACGUCACCGUGGGCUUCAACAUUAAAGAGAAGGAAAAGAAAUAGAUAUUCGAUCGUAAAUUUUAAUUUACUCUGAUAGUUUUUUUCGACACCCACGUGAUAUUAGAUCUAUUCUUACGACGUAGAAUUUUACGAAGAAUUUUAGGAAGGGUAGUUUCCUAGCACGAAAAGUAUUAGGACACAGCAAGUAUUAAGCAGGACUGGAGAGUCAUUUUAAUGUUUCAUAGCAUUGUCCAUUAAGGCUGAUAAAAGUAUACAACCAGGACCAGUCGUUUAGAGAGAAUUAUAAUAGCGGAACUUUUAAACCCCCUCUCCUUCCAAUCCUUAUAGCAUUAUAUAAAUGAGAUAUUAAAUCAAACAAAGACAAUUUAUUCUUGUUUUAGCUCGAGAAAUAUCUCGAGAAAGUGAUUAAUCUCUCUAAAUCACUUUGCGACUUAAAAAAAAAAAUAUAUUUUAUCAAUACAGGUAUAUAGAAUAAUUACGAUAGCUUACUUGAAAUAAUGUAACGUUAGAGUUAGAAUUUUACGGGUCUUUUCUAUUAAAAGAUCAACAAACUACUCGACUGAUAAUAGCGGGAGAGAAAAAUUAAUCCUUUUACUUACAUAUCAUCUGUGCGCUUUGAUAUUAAUUUUUAAUUUUGAUUCAACAUGUAUUUAUAUUAUUUGGAUAUACAUGCUAUGUAUUUAUAUUACUAUUUUUUGUGAGAGUCCGUAUUAAAAAAAAAUUAAGAAUCGAGAAUUUUUAGUCAACAAGAAGCAGCUUGAUGUUACGUUUCCGAUCAUUUACCAUUUUAAGAUUCUUAGAAAACGAUUUUUCCGCAAUAAUAUUCCCCAGGAUCAUCGUUGUUGACUGUGAAUCGUUAUUACGCGCGUAGAAGAUUACCUCUUUCCUAAAGAGAUUACUACAGAUGUACAAACGCGAUGUAGAUAAAGCCAUUAUGUGUGCUUCAAUUAAGUAUAAGGAUAACUAAUUAGAGGAACAGAAGUGAGAAAGAAAAUACAUGUGAUUACGAAUGUUGAGAACACCUAAGAAGAAAUGUAUAUUAUUAAAUUUUGUUCUUCUCUUUAACUAAAUUGCAAUAGUUUUUUAAAUUAGUAUAUAGCCAGAUAUUCUUGAAGUUACCGAAUGUACGAGACUGAAGAUUAUGUACGCUAGCUUAAUGCGUGUCAAAUGACAACGAAAAUAUCUCUCAGAGAUCUUACUUCGUAUGGCAUAGUCGAGAAUAUUGCGUUCUUUACAUUUUUUUCCGUAUAGUGAUAUAAGUACUGGAGAAAAAGAUUUUAUCCGAGCCAAAGAAAACAUCCCAGUUAAGGCGAUAUGACUACGCUUGAAGUUGCACGAAAGAACAUCCCCUCUAUUGACUUACGGCUUCGUAUUGUGAAUCAGUAACGGAAAAUACGUAAUAGUUAUUAAUUGCAGAUUAACCAUACUUGUAAAAUAGUAAGCAGCGUGCUUAUAGAUACGAAAAAUAUGUACGUACAUAUAUAUAUACAUAUAUAUAUGUUACAAAUGUUUUAAUAAAACAAUCCGGAACGAAA